UUAUGAGUUAUCUUUUUCUGUUGUUUGGACUGUCAUUUAGUGGUCUAUUAUGUCAAUGUAUGGGCUGCCGGUGCGGACCAUUAAGUGUAGCCCAAUAUUAUUGUAACUCUGAUUUUGCAAUUCAGAUAACGAUUACCAGUGAAAGACACGACACUGAAGAUGAGCUCAACUCGUGGUAUGACAUGGAAGUGGUUAACGUAUACAAGACUAGCGACCAAUUAAGCAAAGCCAUGAAAUCGGGACGCAUUUGGACGACUCGUACUUCGGAAUUAUGCGGACGAGUCUUCAAAAUGGACUCCAAUUAUGUAAUUACCGGCUAUUAUGACAACCAAAAUGAUCGGCUCCGGACACAUACAUGUACUUAUGGACGCAUUUAUUUGGACUUAAAUAAAGUCGACAAAAGAUUUUAUGAUCAAAAUUAUAAAACUAUUGACUGCUCCAAACUUAUCAAUUAA